AUCUUUCUGAUCAAUUUUGGAAACUUGUGCAACUUGAAAUAUAAUUGAUUUGAAGACGAAAAAAGAACUCGUUGCGUAUUCAUCUUCUUAUUCUUUGGAUUAUUCGCAAGUUGUUUUGAACAAGGAAGUACUGUUGGAAUUUUAAAAUGGAGCGAUUGGUGAAUUAUGAGAGUGAUGAAAUAAAUCUCAAGGCAACUGAGCUGAGAUUAGGAUUGCCGGGAAGCGAUGAGCCUGAGAAAAUAUAUAUUAAGAACAACAAGAGAGCUUCACCGGAGAUUUCCCAGGAGUCAAAGACCGAUUCUAGUGUUUCUAAUGGUGAAAAUGAUGAACGGGAGAGCGGUCCUCCGGCAAAGGCACAAGUGGUGGGUUGGCCUCCGAUUCGAUCUUACAUGAAGAACACGUUACAGUCACAACAAAACGAGAGCGAUGGUGUCGGAAUUUACGUGAAAGUGAGCAUGGAUGGAGCUCCUUAUUUGAGGAAGAUUGAUCUUAAAAUUUACAAGGGCUACUCGGAUCUCCUUAAAGCUUUAGAAAAUAUGUUCAAGUUAACCAUUGGUGAAUAUUCAGAGAGGGAAGGCUACAAUGGAUCUGAGUAUGCCCCAACCUAUGAAGAUAAAGAUGGCGAUUGGAUGCUUGUUGGAGAUGUUCCAUGGAAUAUGUUCAUCAAUUCCUGCAAGAGGCUGCGAAUCAUGAAAGGAUCACAAGCCAGAGGCCUUGGCUGUGCAUGAAACUGAUGGAGUACUUAAACUACGUCGUCGCACUGCUUAUAUUGAAGCAAAAGAAGACGAGUUAGAGUCAGAGAAAAUCCAUUGUUGGUUCUGAAGCAGUUCUGGUGAUCUUUCUGAGAGAUAUUGUAACAGUAAAAAACACGUACACCUAGACAUAACAUUGGAAGAUCUAUCAAGAUAUUUUUUCCUCUGGCUUUUUCUUAGCCUAGUUCAUCGAUGAUUCAGUAUAGCAUAAAUGAAAAAUGAUAAGAAAAUAAAAUUAAAAAAACUUUAUUAUUAUUAUAUAUAGAUGUAUGUAUACCUGAGAUUCAAACUGUAAAAAAGAUGGAUAAGUAUUCAGUUUGUUUCAAAUAUUGCAUGAACCAAUUUUGUGUGGAGUUAUAUUUAAUCUAAGGACAUGAGUAGAGGUAAACAUGUUAUUGUUUUUUUAA